AUGCCAGCUUCCAACCUCAGCGAUGACAGUCUGCCCGCCACUCUGUUCCUGACAGGGGUCCCAGGGCUGGAGAGGGCCCACAUCUGUAUUGCCCCCUUCUGUGCCAUGUAUCUGGUAGCUCUGGCUGGGAAUGCUGCCCUCAUCCUGGUCACUGUGACAGACGAUGCCCUUCAUGCACCCAUGUACCUCUUCCUGUGCCUUCUCUCACUCACUGACCUGGCUCUCAGCUCCACCACUGUGCCUAAAAUGCUGAGCAUUUUGUGGCUCCAUGCUGGUGAGAUUACCUUUGGGGGGUGCCUGGCACAGAUGUUUGGUGUCCAUUCUAUCUAUGCUCUGGAGUCCUCAGUUCUUCUUGCCAUGGCCUUGGAUCGUUAUGUGGCUAUCUGCAACCCACUGAGAUAUACAAUCAUCCUCACCCAUAGCAUCAUAGGCAGAAUUGGCCUUGCUGGCGUACUCCAGAGUAUAGCUGUGGUCUCUCUAUUCAUCUUUUUGCUGAGGCGACUGCCUUACUGUGAUCACCAUAUCAUGGCACCCACACACUGUGAGCAUAUGGGCAUUGCUUACCUGGCCCGUGCCAACAUCACUGUCAAUAUUGUCUAUGGGCUGACUGUGGCUCUGCUGGCCAUGGGUCUGGAUUGCAUCUUCAUUGCCAUUUCCUAUGGCUUUAUCCUCUAUGCUGUCUUCCGCCUGCCAUCUCAAGAUGCCAGGCACAAGGCUCUGAGUACCUGUGGCUCCCCCCACGGAGUCAUCCUGGUCUCCUACAUUCCUGCCUUCUUCUCCUUCCUCACCCACCGCUUUGGCCAGAACCAAGUCCCCAAGAGUGUGCACAUCUUUCUGGCGAACCUCUACGUGCUGGUGCCUCCUGUGCUCAACCCAAUCAUCUAUGGGGCUAGGACCAAGGAGAUUCAGAGGCGACUUCUGAGACUGCUUCACUUGUGGAAAUUUUUAAUAUGA